UCUUUUUCUUUCCAAAAAGUCAACAACAAAAAAAAUUAAACUACCAACUUUCACAAACUCAUUCAAUCAAAAACUGACAUGAAGCAACCCAAAGAAUAUUUCUCUUCUCAUUUUGGGCUUCUCCCAUGAAAGAUCAUAGGAAACAGAAAGAUCAUAGGAAACAAAACCGUGUCGUUUCAUGGAGCACGUUCUUUUUGUUCACCAUCGUUCUUGUCUUGUCUUCCAUUAUCUUCACCUCUCUCAUUUUCUCUUCCCUCUAUUCCUCUUACAUCCCUCCUUUCCACUUCCCAAAAACAGUUUUCAAAUGGCGAACCCCACCGCCGCCACAAAUCACAAUCCGAGAAACCGUUACGAUUUCGGACGAGGUUUUGAUUUUCCUAAAUUACCCUUUAUCUUUUCGCCAUCAUUCCAAAAAUGACCUUCAAUGUGUUUACCUAUCGGCUGACUUGAAGCCACGGCUUCAUGAGCCGAUUCAGCUUCACUCCGUUAGGCCUCAUGAACAAAUCGUACGGUGUCCGAUGCCUCCACGUGGCGAGAUUGUAUCUCUUCAAAUAAAAUCUAACGGAACUCUUCAAAUAAAAAACUCUUCAAUCCAUAGUUGGGACCCACUUGUUUAUGAAGCUUUAUUCGAUCGUGAUAACACCACAAUAGUAUUUGUUAAAGGACUUAAUCUUCGACCAGAGAAACUGGCUGAACCGUCUAGAUUACAAUGUGUGUACGGUUGGGAUUUCACAAAGCCCAAAUUCUUAUUUAAAUCUGAUGUUUUAUCAGCUGCUCAAGAGAUUAUAAGAUGCAAAACACCCGCCAGCAUUUUAGCCCAAACCCAACCGGAUUCUUUUAUUAAAGUAUCUAUUCAAGUUGAAGGUAAGAAAAUAUUUCCCUCCAUAGCAAGGCCCGGGCUUAUCUCAUUGCAAAAAUCACCAAACCGAAAACCGCACGAGUUAUGCAUAUGCACGAUGCUCCGAAACCAAGCCCGAUUCAUUAAAGAAUGGGUAAUGUACCACUCAAAAAUCGGAGUUGAAAGAUGGUUUAUUUACGACAACAACAGCGAUGACGAUAUAGAGAAUGUCAUUGCUUUCUUGCAAAGUGCGGGUUACAACAUCACGUGGCACCUAUGGGCCUGGGUAAAAACACAAGAAGCAGGGUUUGCUCACUGUGCUCUACGGGCCCGGGCCUCGUGCGAGUGGGUUGGGUUUAUUGACGUGGAUGAAUUUUUCAACGUAAAGAUAAAAGUAGAUUUACGACAUGUGAUUUGGCAUUAUUCGAAGCCCAAAAAUAAUGUUGCUGAAAUAAGAACACCGUGUUACAGUUUUGGGCCUUCGGGUCUAAAGGAUGUGCCAAGUGAAGGUGUGAUGAUGGGGUACACGUGUCGGUUGGCAGGACGUGAAAGACAUAAGAGUAUUGUGAGACCCGAUGCACUGAAUCAAACCCUUAUUAAUGUGGUGCAUCAUUUUCAUCUAAGGGCACCAUUUGUGGCCGUUGAUGUGGAUAAUGGUGCGAUGAUGAUUAAUCAUUAUAAAUAUCAAGUAUGGAAAGUGUUUAAAGAGAAAUUUUAUAGGAGGGUUGCAACAUAUGUGGCAGAUUGGCAAAAAGAAGAAAAUGUGGGGUCUAAAGAUAGAGUGCCUGGUUUGGGAACUAAGGCGGUCGAACCAGCUGAUUGGUCACAUCGAUAUUGCGAGGUUAAAGAUACGAGUUUGAGAAAUUGGGUUUUGAUACAUUUUAAAGAUAAAAAGACCCAUCUUUUUCCAUGGCAACCAGAAUUUGAGCCUCACAUAAAAAAGAGACUAAGGAAAAAACAAAAAGGAAUUUUAUGAAAGUAUUUUUUACUCUCUAGAAUAUUCUUUUUUUCAUUACUUUUUUUAAUACAUUAUAUAUUUGUAGAUUAUAGAUGGUUUUUUAUUUUUAUGUACAUAAAAUAGUCCUAUCGUAAAUUAUUGAAUUUAGAGUUAUUAAUAUACAUA